UCUAAUAACAAUGUCAUCUCUUUUUCCUCUGCAAGGAAACAGUUCCAUCACAACUUAAAUUUCACAAAUAUGAGAAUAUCAGUUCUUUACCACAGAGGCGGCCCAGGAACAGCGGUAGCAGCAGAAUGAUCAACCCAGUGCUAUGACUGAACACCGGACCUCACGGCCCAAACAUCAGAGCGGCACACCGGGAAUUGUUCUGGUCCUCCCGAUUAGCCACCCCAGGCCUGUUUGGGACUUUUGGCAGGCUGUGAGAAUGUAAUUUGUACACACAUUUAUAUGCUUCAGUGAUUUUUUGGGGAGGUGGGGAUACAGGCACAUAUGCUAAGCUAUAUUAUAAUUCUCAGCCUACAGUUUAGUAAAGCUUAUUUGUAUUUACAAAAACAUUCUUAGCAAACAAAAGAUUUCAACUUUUUUUCUUUUGGUUGUAAUUCGAACUUUCCAUAAUUUAUCAUCUUUGUGAGUGAAUUUUGUAACACCACAGGGAUCAAAUAUUAGCUUAAAGCUAUGCUCUAUAUUGAGGAUAUGCAUAUCUCCGCACAGGCAUCUGAACAAUAUUCUAGUACAUGAAUAUUCAGUUUCAUGGAACAAUGGUUUUAGUCAUAUCUCUGAUCAACCUCUCCAUCAAAAGAAGUCAAAAUAGAGAAAAAAAUAAAAGAAUUUCAGAAAAUCUGAGUGCAAAAGGUUUAUGGUACCAGAAGAAAGAAUACAUCUUAUAUCUUUGUAUGGGUGUGUGUAUGUGUGUCUCUCUGUGUGUGUGUAUCUUAUUUACAUAGUUUCCCAGCUGGCAGAGGUGGCGUUGCCCUUUACACAUCUCAGAUGGAAAGGGCAGCCAUGCUCCAACAUUGACACAAUUGAUAUGUUUGCAAAGACAGGAGAGAGAUAGAAGGCAGGUUGAUAAGCAGAGGUUUAUGAAUCAGGUUUACUCUGUCAAUGGGGGCAGGUGGAGUGAGAGGUGAGAAGGAGAGAUAGAGAUCCUGGAGGGAAAUAAAAAGAAAGUCAAGUCACACAGAUGCUAGAUUAGAGCUUUGCUUAAACUAUCUGCAUCAUCACAGGGCUUCAAAACAGGUAACUGUAUCUUUUUAUUAAUUUGGCACAAUAUUAGUGUAAUAUUAUUAUAUAAGUCAGACACCCACUGACUUUUCAUCGUCUUUAAUUGACUGUGACUAUGCUAAAAGGUUUGGCCCUAUUGCUAGAAUGUACUUUCAAAGAGCUUAAUUGAUUAAUUAAGGUAAUUAAUUACAUUGGGAGUGUCCAGCCACCAAUUUGAAUUGAAAAUGCGCACAAGGUGGAUUAAACUCCAUUAAUUACUUCAGUAAAUCAUUUUUCCCGACACCCUUCAAGUACUUAGACAGGAGACAACUGUGUAAAGUGAUUAUGAAGUGGUAUAAAGAGGUUAUUUCAACCAGUCGUGAUUAUUAUGGAAGUGACGACUAACACCAAAUGUUCCAAAAAGGUCAAACUAAUUACAUGGAUUGGACAGGUGGCAUAUUGAGGCAGCAAAUGUGCAAUUUCAAUCUUCAUCCACUCUGCUUUAUGUGAGACUAUUGUUUGAAAACGCAGUAAAAUUAGCUGCCAAUCAUUUUUGAAUUUAUUUGCUGCAAAUGAUUCAUUGGAAUUAUCGGGAGGAGCGUGCACUUGUGUGAUUGAGGGUCACCGUUCUUGUAUUUAUACAUAAAUGUCUAGGUCUAUUUGUGUUUCAGAGAGUAUGUGUGCGUGAAAGGCAGAGAGGAGAGGCAAAACAAAGACCAGAAAAAGAGGAGAGAGAAGAGAGUGUUAACAGUGUGUUGCCACCCAGCUUGCCGCUUGUUGUUCUGUGUUUGCAUGGUGCUCACAUCCUCACUGGAGAAGUUCUGUCAAGUCUGGUCUGGUCUGACCUUUUCACUCUCCAAGCACGUUUACAGCUCUCCAAUACCUAUCAAAAUAUCUACUCUCUCUCUGCCCAUCUCUCUGCCCCUAGCACAAACUUGCAUCACAUUCUCAGUCCUUCUGCAACUGUACUUUCUCUCUCUGACUGACUGUUUUAAGUAUUCUGACCUACACCCCCAUGCUUAACCUCAAAUUUUUUUCCACCCUUUGUCACUCUUUUCUCAUUUACAUUCCCUCGAUUCUUUGCAAGUAAACGCUGUCGGGGCCGUCUUGAAGCGCAUGGGUAGAGGUGCCAAGUACCAUCAAUACGCUUCUUCCUCAAAAUUUUGCUGAUUUACAUCAUCAUUAUAAUUAGUGAAUUUUAACAUUAUUUUAACAAAGAUAUUUUAUAAAUCUCUUUGUCUCUUUUUUAAAUCUCCCCCAGACAUGGACCUCAUGUGGCUGGAGUCCACGUGCCAUUGCAUUCUCUUUAUAGCUACAAUUGUAGUGAGUGUGAGGUUGUGCAUGGCGGUUAGGGGCAGUGGUAGCCUAACCAAUGUCCAAGAGGGAACCCAGGGUGCCAGACCCCAACCUGGGAGCGUCUCAUACUGUCUUCGGCUUUGCCUGGGCUUGAUGGGGGUCGUAGGAGGUGCCAUAGGAGUCCCUGUGGUCGUGUUACUCAACCUGCGAACUGCCCAGUGUCUCUACACCUGCAUUACCAUUGUGUGUUGCCCCUUGUUGGUCAAGCAGUUCACCAUGUUCCUGUUAAUGCUGCUUACACUGGACGAAUACCUACAUCAUCGUUUGGCAGACAGAUACUACACAGUGGUGACCCGUCAGCGAGCUCUGUGUGUGGUCCUGCUGUGCUGGGUGGGCUCUGUUCUGUCCUCCUUCGCCCAGUUCAUCGGCUCAGAUGUCCUUGACACCUGGAGAAGUACUGGUAGGGGUCCGGAAACAGCUGACCACGGCCUGGACAACAACGAGACAACUCUUCUACCCAAUGUCACCCCUUUCCCAACCCCCAAGUACCUUCGUGACCGCAUGGUCAUUGGGACAUAUCUUCCUUAUGGAGGCUUCUUGUCAAAGUUUUAUGUGACAGACAUGCGCAAUUUCACCUAUGCUGAGAUUCACAGCAGCCAUUGGGGGGUGUGUGGUACUGACACUCUUUUAAGUUCUCAGUUCCUAGUCUAUGUUCACGGAAUGACGGCAUUCAUGCUUCCCUUGCUGUUACUACUGGCCAUCUACCUUCACCUGAUAUGCAUAAAGCCAAGGAAGACUGAUUUUAGUCAUACAGAUCCCCCAAAACAUGACUCCUGCCUGGCCCGUUCUCUGGCCCUGUCCCUCUCUCUUUUAAUUCUGCUGUGUUUGCCAGUUCACAUUAUUCAUGCUCUCAUGCUUUUCACACCCACUACCCAUCUUCCUUCCUGGGUUCAUACAGUUGCUGUGUUUCUCUUUGAGCUAUACGGUCUUGUGCCCCAGAUCCUCUUCACUCCUCCUAGGAAAAAAGUAAAGGAAGAACGGGCAUCCUUUCCUGUUGCUGUUCGUAACCUUCCGCCUGCUGUAGCCCAGUCUGUCCGUAUGGCACUGUGUCAGGCAGUGCAUGCAGCUCCAUGGUAUUCAGCCAAACACUCCCUUAAAGCUAAGGUGUUCCCAGAAGUCUGA